AUGACACUGCUCGACUUUAUCCGCCAGAGACGCCACCCUGUGCCGCUGACCGACCGGCCGCAGCCGCCCAAGACCAAGAUUCGCUUUCCGAAUCCGCUGCGCACGCUCAGCGUUGUGCUCGAAAAGGACCUGUCCCUGAUCCUCGCCUACACGGCCAUCCUGUAUGUCGUGUUCAUCAUGAUUGUUGCCACGCUGUCGACCAUUUUCACCGACAUCUACCAUCUCAAUGAGCUCCAGAUCGGUCUGUGUUACCUGCCAUAUGGUGUCGGUUGCUGCACGGCAUCGAUCCUGCAGGGCCAUUUGCUCGACUGGAACUACCGCCGCACGGCCCGCAAGAUUGGCUUCACAAUCGACUACCGCCGCGGCGACGACCUGUCCAAGUUUCCCAUUGAACAGGCCCGCCUGUACCCCAUGGCUCCCAUGGUCGCCCUGGGCGUGUGCACGGUCAUCGCCUACGGCUGGGUGCUCGAGUACCGCCUGCCACUGGCCGUGCCCCUCGUCCUGAUCUUUUUCGUCGGCUUGUUCGUCGUCGGCUCUUUUAGUAUUCUCAGCACACUCAUUAUGGACCUCUACCCUCAGGCGCCCGCUACGGCCGUGGCCGCGGUCAACCUCGUGCGUUGCCUGUUUGGUGCGGCCGUCAUGGCGUUUAUCGAGUCCAUGAUGGUGCGUUUGGGCCGCGGGUGGAACUUUACCUUUUGGGCGCUGCUGGUCGUCGUGACAUCGCCGACCAUGCUCAUGGUGCUGCGCUGGGGUCCGGACUGGCGCGAGGCCCGCCGCCUGCGUCUUGCCAAGAAACGGGCGCAACAUGAAGAGGAGCGUGAAGCCAGAGAGCAGGCGGCCGCAGGACAACGACAAGAAGUGCCCGGUGAGGGAAAUGAGCACGACAACCACGACGAUCGUGACCCUGGUCAACUCGUUAACCCGGACAGCUCAACGAAAAAUAACUAA